AUGAUGCGCUCGCAGUGCCUGCUGGGCCUCCGGGCCUUCCUGGCCUUCGCCGCCAAGCUCUGGAGCUUCCUGCUCUACCUGCUGCGCCGGCAGGCCCGCACUGUGAUCCAGUAUCAAACGGUGCGCUACGAUAUCCUUCCUCUAUCCCGGGUUUCGCGGGAACGGCUGAAUCAGGUGAAGAGGAAGAUCCUCGUCCUGGACCUGGAUGAGACGCUGAUUCACUCCCACCACGACGGGGUCCUGAGGCCCACCGUGAGGCCCGGCACCCCACCCGACUUCAUCCUGAAGGUCGUCAUAGAUAAGCAUCCGGUCCGCUUUUUUGUACAUAAGAGGCCGCACGUGGACUUUUUUCUAGAAGUGGUAAGCCCAUUCUUUCUCCUCUCUCUCUUCUCUCUCUCCCCCUUCUUUCUCUCUCUCUCUCUCUCUCCCCUUCUCUCUUCUCCCUCUUUCUCUCUCUUUCUCUCUCUCUAUUUUUGUCUCCCCCAGCACUGCACUUUGGAGCUGGGCAGCUACAUCAAAGACCUUUCGGUGGUCCAUAAUGACCUGUCCAGCAUUGUCAUCUUGGACAAUUCCCCAGGAGCCUACAGGAGCCAUCCAGAUAACGCCAUCCCCAUCAAGUCGUGGUUCAGCGACCCCGGCGACACGGCGCUCCUCAACCUCCUCCCCAUGCUUGAUGCCUUGAGGUUCACAGCGGACGUCCGGUCGGUGCUCAGCCGCAAUCUCCACCAACACCGCCUGUGGUGA